CGGCGGCUUCUGCUGGUACCGGCGGCUGUUCUCGUGCAGGGGGCGUGCGUGAUGGCUGCGGCGGGGUCCGGCGGCGGCGGGUUCCCCGGCUGGGGGCGGGCGCUGCUGCUGCUACUGGUGCUGCUGCUGGGCUCCCCGCCGGCCAGCCGCGGCCUGCACACCAAGGGCGCGCUGCCCCUGGACACCGUCACCUUCUACAAGGUCAUCCCCAAGAGCAAAUACGUCCUGGUGAAGUUCGACACCCAGUACCCUUAUGGAGAGAAGCAGGACCAGUUCAAAGCUCUGGCUGAGAGCUUGGCCUCCAGUGAGGACCUCCUGAUCGGGGAGGUGGGGAUCUCAGAUUACGGUGACAAGCUGAACCUCGAACUCAGUGAGAAGUACAAGCUCAGCAAAGACAAAUACCCCAUCUUCUACCUCUUCCAGGAUGGGGACUUUGAGAACCCAGUGCUCUACCAGGGGCCGGUGAAGGUGGGCGCCAUCCAACGCUGGCUGAAGGGCCAGGGCAUCUACCUGGGCAUGCCUGGAUGCCUGCUGACCUAUGACACCCUGGCUGCCCAGUUUCUGAGCACUACAGGGGCAGAGGAACGCCGGGCCCUGAUAGAGCAAGGCCAGGCCGGCCUGGCCAAUGUCAAAGAAGCCGAGAAGAAGUGGGCCGAGCAGUACCUGAAGAUCAUGGGGAAGAUCCUGGACCAGGGGGAGGGCUUCGCGGCCGCAGAGACAGCCAGGCUCACGAAGCUCAUCGAGAAGAACAAGAUGAGCGAGGGGAAGAAGGGGGAGCUCCAGAAGACCCUGAACAUCCUCACGGCCUUUCAGAAGAAGGGAGCGGCGGGGAGAGAGGAGCUCUGAGGAGGAUCCUGGGCCCGGAAGAUCCCCCGGGGGCAGGGGAUGGGAACAGGAAGGACCCAGACACGCUCAAAUGCCUCCCCCUGCCCUCCAUGGUGACGCUGGGGAGAAGUCCUAAAAGAAGACUUGGUGCUAAGGCCUAAAAUAAAGCAUCUGCUGCUCGGGCCCCUCAGAGUGUGUUUCUCUUCAACCAUUCAGAGUCUCCAUGUUCUGGUUUGGAAGCCCCCCACCCACCACCAGCCCCUUCUCUCAGCAGAUGGAUUCCUCCUCCGGGGCUUUCCCUCUUCCUCUUGCUGUCUGGGGAUCCCCCAGACCCUCAGCUCCCAUUUCUGCCAUCCCCUCUCCCCUGCCCCUGCCUCUUGUAGCAAUUGAGAGCAACGGGCAUCCUCUUGGUUAGAAACGGGUCCCGAUCCACAGCCCGUCUUUCCCUCACUGGCCUGGGUGGGGCAUCCCUCGUUCUGUGGAGUGACCGAGGAGGAUGGGGUCAUCGUGGGAGCUCCUGAAACUGUGGGGAAGCCAAGAAUGGACCACACUGUUUUCUAUGAGCCAUUGCUGCAGAACAAUAUAUUUUCUCACUGCCUGAA